CCGAGACCGACAAACCGUUCGUUGCCUUCGUGAGGUCCGUGAAGGUUUAGCAAGAGGUCGUGCGUAUACAGAAAGUCGUGAGGGUGCUGAGAGCGUUCGGGGAGACGUGUGUAACAAAUGUGAGCUCAAUGUGCAUGCCUAAAUCUGUCCGACUUCCCGUCCCGGGCCGUAUCCACUGGUCAUAACGGGGAACUCAAGCGCGUCCUGUAGCGAGGUGAUCGCAUUGUGCUGGCUCUCCCCUUCCCCCUUUCAAUAAACCUGUCUUACAUGAUUCAAGCAUAUCGACUGCGUCCAAGUCACUUACUCCAGGCCUUUGGACCUGUGCCCUUGACUCUGCUGUUCUUCCUCCUCAUAGGCAUUGUUGUACACGAGCGAAGGGUUGCCAGCUCUGUCGUUCACUUAUGAUGCCACCUGUGGGCUUUGUCUCUACAGCAAAUGUACAGUUGGCAAGGCAGAUUCAGAAGGUGGAUACAUCUCCGAGAGCAAGAUCCGACUCGCGCGUAUUCAUGGUCCUGUGGCCAUCGCUACUGACUCGUAGUCCGACUCUGUCUCCGGCAUACUUCAUUCGGGUUUCGACAUAUGCCUUCGCCUGCCUACUUCAUUUCAAGCUUCCUCUCCGGAGCUCAACGGAAAAUCUGAGCAUUCUUCGGUGUGCGUCGUCCGGAUAAAGGCUGGUGUUGUCUAGAAUUGUGGAGGGGGCGCCUUCGGGUUCGUACCUCCUUCGAUCUCGUGCCACAAAUGUUACAGGCCUCUGGACUGUCGGGAAUCUUUUCUGCCACCGUCUUUCGGGGUCGACUCUCUUGAUGAUACUUCGCAUUGUUCUAGUAGAAUGACAUGUAGAUUAUGUGUGCGCCAAUGAAGCCCAAAGGACAAAGCCAUCGCAUCCGCCUUGGAGAUUUGUGAUCGGUGUUUGCCGACACUAUUUGCUGCGUCAGACAUCAGAGCCACGCCAGUGUGGCCAUAAUCUACUUCGUCUCUACACCCCGUUCCAAAACACACGAGAGUUCUGCGUUAACGUCGAAUCUUGUAGACGCUCAAAAAUACUGCCCAUUUUUAGGGCUGCCAGACGAUGAAUCGUGGUCCAUCGCCGAUAUUCGAUGCACCCGAGUUCCCAACCCUUCGAAGAGUGAAGCCGCUGCCGAAGCGGAGGCGCACGGGCCCAGCAUCCCACACGGACGGUGACGAUCAAGGCGGCCUCCCAUCGUUAAGCACCCUUGGCCUUCCCUUUCCUCUGCCAGGCCCCGAUGCAACCGCCGAAGAACUCAUCGCGCAUGCCGAAUCCCUGUCCGCUCACAUGGCCCUCCAGUCAUACUACAUGCCGGGCUUGCAGGAUAUUUUUAACCGGAGUGAGCUCAGUGGCACAGGAAAUGGGCAUGUGGGCUACUCGGAGGCGGAGGAGGGGGAUGACGGGGAGGAGGAUAUGUCGGAUCACUUGCAACAGCCUGGAAACACAAAGAAGCGGAAAGUACCCGCGAACACGUCGGCGAUGCCAGGUCAUGAUCCAGGAGAUACCCCAUCAGGUGGUGAGGAGGAGGUCUCUGAGCGAGGGAUGCCGCCAAAUAGGUCGGAAGAGCCCCUCCAGACAAUCCCGACGCCCUCGUCACCCUAUGCUGGGUUAGGGAUCCGCAAGGGUCAGCCGCCACGCAUCACGCAAGCGGGGCUGCAACACAAAGAGACACUGAAGAGUCGGAAGCGGCAACUCGCCGCUGUUCUGGGUGCUUUGAGCCACGGAGACACUCUUGCACUCGACCAGGCGCUUUCCAGCAGCUACCAAUUCCCUGGCGCUGGGUUUGAGCCUGCGGAUCUGCGGGUCCGCAUCUCACAUCGUUUCGGACCACGUCUGGCUCGUGCUGCUCGAUUUUCAGAAAAGUUCAGGCAUCCGGACAAAAGUGCGUUCAUGGAGUCUGAAUUCACGUUUGCGUGUCCCAGCACAACGGCGGAACGGCUUGUCUCCACAAAGGAAGAGGUCGCGGCUUUGCGGUCGCGAUUUGAAGCUGAGCUGGCCAGACAAGCCGCCAAGGCUGCGAAGAUGGCUGCUGCCAACAAGCUCAUGUCCAACCUGCCCUCCAGUAAGUCAAGUAAACAGAAACGAGGCAGCAAGACGCAAACCCGAGCUCGACCGACAAAUAUCAAUCAACCAACCUCGACUACGGCCUCCACGACCACUAAUUCGCCGACGACAGAGAACGUUGAUCCCGCAACGAUGAUGGGAAUCAAGACCCGCGGGAAGAAGAAGAAACGGUCUGCGUUGGCUAACGCGUCGAACCCCCAUCAUUUGCGGAAUUAUGUCCCAUCACGGUUGCCUCAAUCGGGAGCGACCAACGGGGCGAGCAGCCAUCCAUACAAUGGGCUCGGGCCGCUUGCCCUGCGAUUCUUGUCUGCUGACAUUCCUCCUCGGCGACGCAGAAAUGGGAAACCGGUUCCCAUGGGCGAUCCGUCUGCGCUCACUAAUCCGGCAGACGAGUGGAUCUGCCCGUUCUGUGAACACGAUCUGUUCUAUGGAGAUGAGCGAGAGAUGAAGCGGGCUGUCAGGAGUCGGAAAAAGAUCUUGAAGAGGCGGAGGAGAGCUAGAGAACGGGCCGCUGCUGCUGCAAGCGGAACCAGCACAGCCAAAGCGCCUCCCGAGAAGACGCAAGAAGAAUACGAGAUGCACCCAGGAUAUGCGCCCGGCGUCGAGGAUAUCGAGAACUUGCCGACGCACACCAAGUGGCGGGGUGAUCCAGGAAAAGAGCUCCAGCGCGCUGGCGAUAUAGGAUCGGGCGCGCCUGGAUGAAACGGCCCAUCGUGUUUGGGUGUUAGAAUCUCAUCCCAUUUAUAAGUCAUUUCAAUGUCUCCAUGCAUACGCAUGUAUCGUAUCUCACACUCGUUUUAUCCAUCCCUGCAUCACGCAUCGGUCGACUUGUUGCGUGAUUACGGAGGAUGCGCGGCAUCUUUCUCAUCGCUGUCCGAUGACGUCAGCGUCCAGAAUCUAACAUACUCAGACUGUAAGCACUCUCUGUCCGAUAAUGUGCAGGAGAAUGGGCUCGGCGGAACCGUAGGAAAGCUACUAUAAGGUAGGGCACUUUAACAUUAGCCUAACUCUUCGCUCCGCCGUGGGACAACACCAGUUCUGAGAAGGAAUCGUCUGAUCCUUCUUUUUCCAUGAGUGUUUCGCUUCAUCCCUUCUCUAACGAACGCUCUUCGUAUAUAUGUAUGUGUACGUAUGUACUAUGUAAGAGUCGCAGUGUGCUUCGCCUGUUGAGUUGAAAGCAUAACAUUUUCCACUGCGUA